AAUGUUCUACUCGGAAGUCUUGAUUUUCCCCUGCUGGUUUGACUGUCGUGGCUGGGUGAUGAUUUGCUUACUUGGAGCAGGACUGAGUUUGGAGCGGGUACUGUGAAAUGUGUAACCAUGAUGUUGCCAGGAUAAUCAGCGGAGGACGUUAGGAGACAGAGACCUACAACCAGCUGAAGGCAAGUGAAGCAGGCAGGACAGUCACACCUCAUGCGUGGGCUCAGCAAAGGUCCGAGUGGAUAGGGUCUGACAAACAUGGGUGUGCUCCAGCUCCACAAUCCAACUCACCCCAGCACGCUUCUGCAGAGGGCCAAUCAGAUGCGCCUGACCGGCACCUUGUGUGAUGUCAUCAUCACGGUAGACGGCCAGGAGUUCCCGGCGCACCGCACCGUCCUGGCUUGCACCAGCAAAAUGUUUGAGAUCUUGUUCCACCGCAGCAGCUUGCGCUACGCCCUGGACUUCCUGUCCCCCAAGACCUUCCAGCAGAUCCUGGAGUACGCCUAUACCGCCUCGCUCCAGGCCACGGCCGAGGAUCUGGAUGACCUGCUGUAUGCCGCUGAGAUCCUGGAGAUCGAGUACCUGGAGGAGCAGUGCCUGAAGGUGCUGGAGACCAUCCAGGCGGAGGAGAGCGAGGAGGUGGCGGUGAGGAAUCACAGCUCUGGAGACCACAGUGACCACAGCCGGGCCAGGCACUGGAGGCACAUGUUGAUGUCCAAGAAGCAUUCCAUACAGGAUGGACCCAACCGCACCACUCCCACUGCUCUACACCACCUGGCGCUGUACCACAUGACGGAGAGGAGCUCUCCAGGUCCAGAGCCCGAGGCGGCUUCUGAAUUGAGCCCCAAGCUGGACACAGAGGUUGACAUGGAGAGUUCCCAGCAGCCCCAGUGUCGCAGUGCAGAGUUAUCCCAGGCAUCAUCCCUGGAUCCUGCCAGAAGUAUAAAAUCCGAGAGCAUGCAGGUGGAUGAUGCCAACGGCUGCGAGGGCAGGUCCUCCAGCACCGGGGAGGGAAGCUGCAUGUCAGACCAGCCUAGAGACGAGGGCCCAGGGACACCCCUGAGAGGCAGUGUGAUCACCAGCGCUCGAGAGCUGCACACAGGCCCUGAAGAUGGAGGACAAGUGGUGGGGAACUCUCUUGACUGUUUACCCGGGAUCUCCGAGAAACAUCUGGCCUCCAUAUACUCUGUGCCCUCCAACCACACAGGGGAGGGGAUCCUGCCAGUGUCCGUUUCAGUGGCCCCGUCCCUGGGCAUGCCGCUGGACCCAAGGGCCUACAGCGGCCUGCUGCACCAAGGCUUGCUGCACAGGGAGCUCCUCAGCAGGCUGGGCCAAUUUGCAGCAGGGAUGAGGCACGAGGGCCAGGCUCAAGGCCAGCAGUGUUGUGGCGAGUGUGGGCUUCAGCUGCACAGCAGGCAGGCCAUGGAGCAGCACAGGAGGCUGCACAACGAGGAGAAGGGCCAUGGCUGUGAAUACUGUGGCAAACACUUCCAGGACAGCAUGCGGCUAAGGAUGCACAUGCUGUCUCACACAGGGAUGUGCCGUAGGCGGGAAGCGUCUGCUGUAGAGAGAACACCCAGUCCUUCUGUGGCCUCUCAGGCAGACAGUCUGCUCACUGUUCAGAGACUGAUAACAGGGCACGCUCCUGCAGAGGCGCUGGUGUGUGAUCAGUGUGGAGCAACAUUCUCCUCUGAGGAUGCUCUGGAAGCCCACAGGCAAACACACACAGGGACUGACAUGGCGGUGUUCUGUCUGCUGUGUGCAAAGCGCUUCCAGACCCAGAAGGCCCUGCAGCAGCACAUGGAGGUCCAUACAGGCAUGCACAGCUACAUCUGUAGCCACUGCGAGCGCCCCUUCCCCAGUCACACUACCCUCAAAAGACACUUGCGCUCGCACACGGGCGAUCACCCGUUUGAGUGUGAAUUCUGCGGGAGCUGUUUCAGAGACGACGGCACGCUGAGGGGCCAUAAACGCAUCCACACAGGAGAGAAGCCUUAUGAGUGCAACGGCUGUGGGAAGAGGUUCAGCCUCAAACACCAGCUAGAAACGCACUACCGUGUACAUACAGGUGAGAAGCCAUUCGAGUGUAAGCUGUGUCACCAACGGUCCAGAGACUACUCAGCUAUGAUCAAGCACCUGCGCACUCACAACGGAGCGUCUCCAUACCAGUGCACCAUCUGCCAGGACUUCUGCCCGAGCCUGGCCGCAAUGCAGAAGCACAUGAAGGGCCACAAACCGGAGGACGUGCCGGCAGACUGGAGGAUAGAAAAGACUUACCUGUACGUCUGUUACGUCUGAGCAGGACUUGGACCCCACCCACAGUCUGACACACACACAAUCACACAGAAAUUGUCACUGUUGGGUCAAAACCUCGUAACUCCAGUGUUGCUGAUUUUUCAUGCAGAAAGAUUACAUGUUUCUCUAUAGGUUGAAAAAAAUGUGGACUCUUUUUAGAAAAACUGUGUCAUGUGAAGUUGUCAUUCUGGGAGAUACAAGGUUUUUACAUGACAACAGAGACCCGCUAGCACGAGUACAAAUGUGUGUACCCUAGGGCUGUAACUAAUGAUUAGUUUCAUUGUCAAUUAGAUUAUUUUUACUUAAGUGAUCGUUUAGUCUGAGAAAUGUCAGGAAACAUUUCAAAUAACUAGUUUUGGUCGACUGACAGUCAAGUCCAAAGAGAUUCAGUUUAGAAUCAAAUAAAACAGAGAAAAGUGGCAAAUUGUCACAUUUUGAGAAGCAGGAAACCAUAAAUAUUGAGCAUUUUUCCCGAAAAAUGACUUAAACAAUCAAUUGAGUAUCAACAUUGUUGACAGUUAAGUUUCCUGACAACUUUUUGUUUCAGCCCUAGUGCACACAAACAUACAAGGACACAUUCUCUCUCCCUCACACACAGUUUUGAUAUUAACUGUAUCUCUAAUGGAUCCACUGUAGUGAAAAAUCAAUGCCACAACGGCUGCGACUGCUGACCUGUGUGUGUAGCAGGAGCUUUUUGAUUGAUUGCUAAACCAUCAGGCAACCUGAGACAUCUUCAAUGAUUGUGCAGUAGAUGUUGAAAAUAAUUCCACAAAGACUCGAUUGGCUGAACUUUGCAACAGUUUCUCUCCUAAAUUCCUUUGACUUCUCUGUUUGUUUGUUUUUUGUUUUUUUUGUUGGAUUUUUAUUUUGAAGUUGUUUAUUUUCUGCAUGUUUUACUUGAAUGGCUGCCACGUUUUGACCUCAUAUGCUUGAUCUCUUUAAUUGCCUUGUCUUUCUUGCAGUGGGUGUUUUUGUUUCAAGGUAGCUGGCUUACAAUUUGAGUUUCUCUUGCAAUGUAAUAGGUUGUACUAUUUAUAUGUUGUUUAUUUGUUACCAAAUAUGUGCUGGUUUUCAUCACACAGUCGGUGUCUCUUGGGAUGAUUUCUAGUAGAGCGAGCUCUACCUCUACUGAAUUUUCACCGUUUGUUUUGAACCUACUGCAAACUAUUCAUCAGUAGUUUUAAUUUUGUAACAAAUGCAUCAUAAUUUAAAAUGGUCAAACAGUGUAAAAAAAAUGCAACAGCCUCAACAUGGCUUUUACGUGUAGUUUUUUAUCAUGAACUAUAUAUAGAUGUCUUAUAAAAUCAACAAAUCAGAAUUUUCUAGGAGAAAAUUGAAGAAAACAUGAAGUUGAAGAAGUUUUUUUUUAUUUUUACAAAACAUGAAAAGAAAAUUCUGACAUUGAAUCACUAGGAGCAGGUAAUCGUCAGUUGUAGUGUAGCUGUAAUGUACAAACUGUCAUGGUAUGUUAUUCCCUUAUGUGAGCCUAACACAGGCCUUAUAGAUUUAAACAUGUUGUAUUUUUGUAUUACAGUAAUUUGCUAUCUGUUUACAUUUGGUAUGAUUUGAAAAACAUCUUAAUGUGUGUGUUUUAUAAGUCUCUGAUUUGAUUAAGAUCCCUCCCUUGUGCCUCUUUUAUAAGUAGAGCAUUGAUGUGCUUGAGUACAUGGGUCUGUGCUAUUGGUAGUUGUUUCUGGGUGUUUGUUUAUUGUUACUUAAUUAAAGAUAGACUGCCAUGUAUCCACUCUGUCUGAACAUUGAAACUGGAAGCAACAUACUGUGAUAGUGGCUGAUAGUUUGAGACAAGUGUGUACUUUUACAUCAGAAUAGCUUGGAACUUGCAUCAAUUUGUUCCCUUCAAAGUGACAAUGGACUGAGAUCUUUGGAUGAAAACAGUGUGUAUAGCAAAUCUUGGCAUCUGUGGGCAUUAAUGCCUUCUUAAGUAGCCAGCAACACUCAGUGCCAUGAAAACACACAUUCACUGUAUCUAUUUUACAUGAACAUGCACUAUAAAUGGAUUUCCUUGGUGGACCAAAAGAAAUAGAGCACUUUUGUUUGAAAAGGGUUUUUUCUUUGAUCUUUCUAUGUUGUGAUAAUGCAGAUGUCCUUUUAUUUGAUGUGUCCUAGAAGGAUGUGAUUAGCAUUGUUUAGAUUAUGUCAAUGUCUGUCUACCUCAGGGCCAGAUCAAAGCUCGACCUGGUAUCCAAUCAGGGUUGUUCUUCUUGCCAUGUGUGCAGUAAAAUCCCUCUUCAUUACAGCUUUGUAACACAGUGUGUGAAAGUGUUUUCUCAGUGUGGAUUCAGGCACAACUCUGUAUGCGUCGGUGUUCGGUGGCAUGGUUAAAAAAAGAAUAAAACAAGUUACUAUUUUA